AUGCCACCUGCAUCUUCGGCGCCCACUGUUCAUGCAGUGCAAACUGCCGUACCGCCUGAUACCAUUUGGUCGCGCGUAACGGAAGAUGAUUUCAGACAGCAUCUGGUCACGUUGGAGAAGCAGACGAAUGCGGUACCCAUGGACGUUCUGACAGCGGAAGACGAUGAUGAGCAGCACGGCAGCUCCAAUUCAUUUUUGCCGCUGAAGACAGAGAAACAAGUCGCAGAUGACUUUGCUUAUAUUGCUGCCGUCACCGAAGGAGCUCAGAGCGUAGCGGCCGUCUGCCUCGAACAACACAUUAGUACCUCACUCGCUCCGAAUUUUCCCACGUUGGUGAUUAAAGUGGCAGGCAUGGACGCCAUCAAUGAAAAUGUCAAAGGAAUGCUCCAUGCGGUUGUUACACAGCUGCAGUAUCGUACUCGAGCUGUGAUUAAACGUAAUGGGGCAGAACCCGGCAGCACUGAGAUCAUCUUCCGCUCGAUCAUCCAGCAGCAUGAGCAGAAACUCCUAGGCCGUCUUCGUUCAAGGAAAUGGACUAAACCUAGGCAUCUAGCCAGAACACACAAGAAGCCUCUGUGGCAGGACUUUAAUAAUCUUUCACAUCGAGCUCAGCAUGUCUAUGCUAGAAGAUCUGAACGCAAGAUUCGAGAAGCAAUCAUCACAUCUAUUCAAGAAGUCUGUAAAAUGUAUGAGCAUUUCGAGGCUUCCAUCGGUCAGACCACCCAGGCGCUCCAGAAGCUCGUGGAAGGAACAUUCAUCUGGUGCAAGUCGCCGCUCAUAGGCGACUAUGCAUCCAAGCUCGAGAUCGCAGGGGACACUCCUCAGGUCGCCGCAGCGAUUAAAACCCUUCGACAACUCGAAAAGAUAGGGGCGUAUUGGAGAAUCGCCGAGGACCUUGUCGCAGUGGCAGACCAACAUCAGCAUAUAUUCCGAUGCAUCGAGCUCGAGUACCUUACUCCAUAUGCGAGCAUACCUACCAGUAUAGCAUACGAAUCGUGGGCUCAUACGUGCCAUGUUCACGCUGAGAUCCAGCUGGUCGUGGAGCUUGCGAAGAGGGCAUCAAAAGAGGCUGUUGAUGCAUCGACGAUCGAGAUGCGACCAAGGACAAUUGGCACGAGUAAGUACCUGUGCUACUUGUGUUACUUGUUUCUGCGAUACCAUGGCGCCUUCCAGAUGUUGAGUACACAUGGGCGUUUGUAUGACCAAUGGACCGUCCCUGAUUUGGUCGAUUAUAACGCAGCCAUGAGGAACAAGUUUGCUAGUGUGCUUCAAAGCAUGGACGAGCAUAUCGUGAAGCAGAUCAAGGAAACAAAAUGCAUUAUAUGGAGAGCGGAGCCUAUGACAAGUCGUCAGAAUUUGCUCUUGUGA